AUGGCCCAGCAGUUCUGGGGUUCCUGUCUUUUCUCAUUGUUUAUGGCUGCCUUGGCUCAGGAGACUCUGAAUCCUCAAAAAUCGAAGGUGGAGUGCAACAAAGGGGUGGCUGGCACCGUCUAUGACUACGGAGCCAACACCUUAGAUGGUGGGGAGCAUGUCCAGUUCCGGCAGUAUGCAGGAAAGCACAUCCUCUUUGUCAACGUGGCGUCCUUCUGUGGCCUGACAGCUACGUAUCCUGAACUGAACACACUGCAGGAGGAGCUGAAGCCCUUCAACGUCAGUGUGUUGGGCUUUCCGUGCAACCAGUUUGGAAAACAAGAACCUGGAAAGAACUCAGAGAUCCUCCUUGGACUCAAAUACGUGCGACCAGGCGGUGGCUAUGUCCCUAAUUUCCAGCUCUUUGAGAAGGGGGAUGUGAACGGAGACAAUGAACAAAAGGUUUUUUCCUUCCUUAAGAAUUCCUGCCCUCCUACCUCGGAAGAUUUUGGCUCUCCAGAAUAUCUCUUCUGGGAUCCCAUGAAGGUCCAUGACAUCCGCUGGAACUUUGAGAAAUUCCUGGUGGGACCUGAUGGAGUCCCUGUCAUGCGCUGGUUCCACAAGACUCCUGUCAGAAUUGUCCAGUCAGACAUCAUGGAGUACCUAAACCAAACCCGUACCCAGUAG